AUGAAUCAUGGGACCAAAGUGUGCAGAUUUACGAUGCAUGGAAGAGCAAGCGACCGAGGGCCAUUUGCUCUGGUCAACGAUGAUUUCAGGCCUGCAAACGUCCUGUCAAACGCCGAAUUUCAGGUCACAGGAGUAGUGGACUGGGAAUUCACCUACGCGGGGCCCCGCGAAUUCGCUUACAGUGCACCAGUCUGGCUUCUCCUUGAGCUGCCCGAGUACUGGCCGGAUGGAUUGGACGAUUGGACGCACGUCUACGAGCAACGCCUUCCCAUCUUCCUAACGGCAGUGCGUGAGAGCGAAACCGCGGCCAUCAAGGGAGGGACAUUGCGGGAAGACCAAUGCCUCUCGCAAUUCAUGGACGACAGCUGGAAGACGGGUGAUUUUUGGGUCACUUAUGCGGCAAGGCGAUGCUGGGCGUUCGACAUGGUCUAUUGGGCCAAGAUUGAUAAAAGGUUUUUUGGAGUCGGGACCGUCGAUGAUCGCCUGGAACUUUUGACGAUGGAGGAGAAAACAGAAUUGGACCAGCUGCUGAACAGGAUGUUCAAAGCAAGUACUUCAGGAGAUGGCGAUGGGUUUUGUCAAAGUGGAUGA